ACUUCAAACAUAUUUCUCCCUUUUCUUAGUCGACCUAGUUUAAUAAAUAUAUAAUGCUACUAAGGUCAAAAUGUAAACGCCAGUGCCUUGUGAUUGGCUAUUGAUUUCAGAACAAAAAAAAAUUUCUUGGAGAGCCUCAUUAUCAACCGAUGGAGGGCGAUAUUGUCUCCCGCAUAGGUGAAGUAAACCUCCCGUAAAAUAAAAAGACGAACAUUUGAUCGACUUGAGCGAAGAAGUCAUGGGUAGCUUAUGCUGUCAGCGACAUUCGAAAAAUCCACCCAUAAAGGUGCUAUGUCCCCAGAACCUGGUCCAGAGUAGCGGACUGCUGGACUGCUCUUUGACCUACCCAGAAUGCACGCAAACAAGAGGAGAAGGCUGAGAAAGUCCUACACGGUCACUUCUAGCAGGAUGACCACGAAUUGAUCUGGACAUUCAGUUACAUCAGACGUCAAUUGGCAGAGGUUGACCUAGUUGACAAGGCCAAAAACAACUAUCAAACCCCCCGGACAGAUGGCUCUGCUGGUCCACCUCCUGGCCGCUGCCUUUGGCAUGGGCUCCUGGAUGGCGGUGAACGGCCUGUGGGUGGAGCUGCCUCUCAUCGUCAACACGCUCCCGGAGGGCUGGGACCUGCCGUCCUACCUGACCGUCAUCAUUCAGCUGGCCAACGUGGGCCCCCUGCUGGUCACGCUCAUGCACAAGCUGCGCCCGGGCUACCUCCGAGAGGCCGCCGUCAUCUACGCCAUCCUCGCCAUCGGAGUGCUGGCCUGCGUCCUGCUCGCCUUCUUCUGGCGCGUCACCACCGUGGUGGGCGGGGCGCCGCACAGCACCGCCUUCUUCAUCAUCACCUUCUUCCUGUCCCUGGUGGACUGCACGUCCUCCGUCACCUUUCUGCCCUUCAUGUCGGGGCUCCCCGCCAAGUACAUCACCACCUACUUCAUCGGGGAGGGCCUGAGCGGCUUCGUCCCCGGGCUGGUGGCGCUGGCGCAGGGCGUUGGCAUGGCGUCGUGUGUCAACACCACCGGCAACGCCACUCAGAACCUGACCGGGGGAGGGGAGGAGUGGACGCUGCAGACCCAGUACCUCCCGCCCAACUUCUCCCCGGAGGUUUUCUUCUCCUUCCUGGCGGCCAUGAUGUGCGUGAGUCUGGCCGCGUUCAUCGCUCUGAAAAGACUUCCCCGGGUUUCCUUUGACCUGGCCGCCGACACCCUGGUCCCAGAGCUCAGCGCGUCGGCCCCCACCGGGCUGGACAACCCUGGCCUGGAGCCCGACGGAGGUUCCCCCCUCCAGCACCAAACCAAGGAGAAGAACCGGAACCAACCGGUGGUGGCCAAUUCCAACUUCUCUGUCUACGAGCUGGGUUUCAUCUACUUCCUGGUGGUGUGGGUGAACAUGGCCGCCAACGGCCUGCUGCCCUCCGUACAGACCUACUCCUGCAUGCCCUACGGCAACCUGGCCUACCACCUCUCGGCCGCCCUGUCCUCGGUGGCCAACCCAGUCGCCUGCAUAGUCGCCAUGUUCUUUCCAAAUAGGUCGCUGCUCUUCCUGGGCGUGCUGGGCGUGCUGGGAACGGCGUUUGGGAGCUACAACAUGGCCAUGGCGGCGCUCAGCCCCUGUCCACUACUACAGAGCUCUCCAGUUGGCCUGGCCAUCAUUGUCCUCUCAUGGGUCUUCUUCACUGGAGCAUUUUGCUACGUGAAGGUAAUGGUUGGCGUCAUCCUUAGAGACAAGAGUCACAGCGCCCUCGUGUGGUGUGGAGCUGCAUCUCAAUUGGGAUCACUGGUUGGCUCCGUCACUAUGUUUCCUCUGGUAAACACCUACAAGUUGUUCAAGUCAGGAGACUUUUGCAACACCAAGUGCCCACUAUAACGGGAACACCAUGAUGUUUACCUUUGAGGUGCAACGAUGCUCAUCAUGGAUGCCUGCUCAUGCCCGAAUAAAACACUAUUUGCAACACUUGAAUAAAAUGAAGACUGCAAUUUCCAGGAAAUUGACUGGCUAAUAUAAAUAUUUGUGUUUUCAAUGGGUACAACCCAGCCACGACUACUGGUUGUUGAAUAAAUCGUAAUGUCGAUGUGAUGGGAUAUUACAUACGCUCGAUUCUUAUUUGGCCAUUGCGGGGGACUUCCACUAGAUGGCGCAUAUAUACCUUUGAUUCAAAGACUUGCCUCUACUUAGAAAGUAGACUGGUAUUAAUCAGGACAUUAAACCAUCUCUAACUCUGCUUUAAUAUAUCUGGUUUGGAAUCAAUGUUGUAAUGAUACUUUAUCUGAGACAUCUUGUUCUUGUUGAGAUCAGAAUAUUUCAACCGUUUUUUUUAUACAACGUUUUAGAACUAAAUAUCAGAGGGGCACAAGCUCAUGGGACACUAGCUGUAUGCAGCCUUACCUCCUGCAGCGAGGGCCACAUCAACAACUUGUGAGAGUUGAGAGAGCGGCAUGAUCAAACUAUUGAGGAUGGGAGUCUCAGCCUUCUUGCGUUUGGAAUAUAAGAGCCCCAAGCAAGUUCAUCCUUUUCUACAUUUAUAGUAUCUUGAAAUGCAGACCUUGUAACAUUCACUGAAAUGCUCAGGUCAAUACAAUGAUGAGCAAUAAUAACACUUUAACACAUUACG